CACCAAUGAAGCCCAGGCCCAAAACUACCAACUCAGUAACUAUCUGCUUUCUUCCUUCCUCUUCUAAACCCUAAAUCCUCGUCUCGAACCCUUACCCUACACUUGAUCAUCUAUCUCCCUUAACUGGAAUUCAUCGUCAUUUGUGGAUUCAGUUGUUUCAAGAAAUGAAUUUUGCUCGAUUAUUUACUGGUUUGGGUUCCCGAAAAUUGUUGGCUUUUUCGUUUCACUCGACAACGCCAAUGCCAAUGCCAGCACGGCAUACAUUUGGAAGAGCAGGAAACGACCCAAUGAGCGAGCUCUACCGUCGUAUUACGCCGAUCGGAGAUCCACAGGUCUCUAUUGUUCCGAUUCUUGACCAGUGGGUUCAAGAAGGAAGACCCAUAAGUAAAGAUCAACUCCGAAUCUUUAUCAAGGAAUUCCGGUACUACAAGCGUUUCCAUCAUGCUCUUGAGAUUUCACUGUGGAUGACUGACAAAAGAUACUGUCCACUUACAUCGGUUGAUUCUGCCCUCCGGCUGGACUUGAUUUCAUUAGUUCAUGGAAAUGAAGAAGCAGAGAAAUUUUUCAAUAAUAUUCCCCAAAAAAUCAGAGGCGUUGAGGUUUAUAGUACCCGUGUCAACUGCUAUGCUCGUGCAAAAUCUGUUGAAAAAGCAGAGGCAGUACUGCAGAAGAUGAGCGAUUUGGGAUUUGCUAGGGAAACAGUUACUUACAAUGUCAUGCUUAAUCUUUAUUAUCAGACUGGAAAUAGAGAGAAAUUUGAUGCAUUAAUUCAUGAGAUGGAAGAAAAUGGCAUUGCUUAUGACAGAUUUACACUUGGCAUUCAACUAAGUGCAUAUGCAGCUGUUUCUGACAUUGAGGGAAUGGAGAAGAUUAUAACAAAGAUGGAAUCUGGUAAUGGUGUUGUUUUGGAUUGGAUUAUUUAUUCUAAUGCUGCAAAUGCAUAUACAAAAGCUGGGCUUUUGGACAAAGCUUUGGAAAUGCUGAAGAAAUGUGAGGGAUUAGUUUCUAGCAAAAAAAGAAGCAGAGCAUAUGAUUCCCUUCUCACACAAUAUGCUGCAAUAGGGAAGAAAGAUGAAGUAUUAAGAAUUUGGGAACUAUACAAGAAGAAAGAGAAGAUUUACAAUAGGGGGUAUUCAUGCAUUAUGUCCUCUCUAUUAAAGUUCGAUGACAUUGAAAGUGCAGAAAAGAUUUUCGAGGAGUGGGAAUCCCAGCAUCUACAGUACGAUGUCCGUGUUCCAAAUUUCCUUAUUGCUGCAUAUUCCAGAAAAGGUGAUAUGGAGAGGGCUGAAAGCCUUCUCAAGAGGAUAGUAUCAAAAGGACGGAAACCCGAUUACUUUUCAUGGUUUAAUUUGGCUGAAGGAUACUUAAAGAAUAAUCAGACUUCAAAUGCUUUUGAGAUGAUGAAGAAAGCAAUAUUAGCCUGUGGACCAGGGUGGAAGCCAACGAGUGAAAGUUUAGCUUCCUUUCUGGAGCACUUGAAAGGGAAGGGAGAUUUUGAUAAAGCGGAAGAGUUCCUAAAAUUACUCGUGGACAAAGAUAUUAUUUCUUUAGAUGUCCAGGAAAGAUUGUUGAAUUGUGUGAAAGCUAAUGAGUCAAGCUUGGUGUGAAGAACAGAGACUGAAAACAGAAUUUAGAGAUGAGAAGAAGAAGAAGAAGAGAUGGAGUUGAGAAGUAGAAGAUUAGAGUGAGAUGAGAGCAAGAAUCAGAUUAGAUGAGAAGAGACAAGAAUCUAGAGAGAGAAUCGGAUGAUCUCAGUUAUUAAUUCUUCAAGAAUGGUUGCUGAGUACUUGUCAGCUGUUAUUUAUACGUGAAAGUCGUAUAACUGCCUCUAACAAACUCUAACUAUUAUGCUGAUCUCUUUAGAAGUUUCCUUCAAAUCAUACUAACUAAUAAUGGCUUUUCCCCUCCAUCUGAUUAAUUGGUUCAAAGUGGCAACACAUUGUAGUAUUGGGUAUCAGAAGAGAAAUGUUAAAUGCUAAUCUCAAAAGUUUCUCUAGUGUGAGAACAAAAAAAUGAAGCAGAUGGUAGAAUGUUCAUUAUGCCAAAUACGUACAUCUGGUCCAUGAUAAAAUGCAGGCAGGCAGGCAGGCUGCAUCCUGUUUCUUCAUUUCAGAUUAGCUAUGAAAACUGUUAUUUAAUUGCAUAAUCAAAUUGCUUUUAGUUUGUUGAAAAGAUGGAAGCUCGGAAGAGUGGUUUCUCACUUUCUUGACGUCACCAAAGCAAACUGUGCCAUUGCUUGGCGUCUUCUGCAAAACAUUGCUCUUGAAUUUUAUUCCAUCCAUCAAAGGCAGAGGAACAACGGGAGGUUUUUGCUUGUAUAGUUUUAAAGAGCCCUUGUAGAUUUAGUUUCUCUUGCCAAUCUCUAUAAUCUGGUUGUUGUUUGGUUUUUAUUUAUUUUUCUGGUUCUACUUUAUUUCUAGGUCACUGUAGUCGAUAAAAAAAUGGUGUUUUUCGAUCUAGUUGAUAAGCAGUAGUUGGAGUUUUUGAGAAUCAGCUUUCAGUUGAUGGAAGGUCUUUGCAUAUCAAUAGAAGUAUCUCAGGAAUUUGCAUACUAUACUAUCUACCGAAGUUUACAUCUGCAAGAUUUGCAUCUACAUCUGCAAAAAGUAUUAAAAUUAGUGCCUACUAAUAUUUGCAUCUAAAAUGAAUGACUGCAUUUAAAAUUAAACUCAAUAAAAACUUCCCUCUUAAAUUUUUUCUUUGAUAUGAACUUAUUCAUAUUCAACUCAGUUUAAAAAUGAAUAACACUCCGCUCAACUCAAGUUUAAAAAAUUUUAACAAACAAAACUUUUCAAAACACAGCUCAAUUCUUACACCACCAUCCGUGAAACAAAGGGAGCUUGCAAUAAUUUAACAAGUUUUCAACAGACAACAGCUCGACUCAUAAGCAAUAGUGCUGGCAUUCACUUGAGCGCAUAAUUUGAACCUAGAAAUAAAUUUGUGCCAAACAAAAAGAAAAUCAUUUAAAUUUAAUGAACAAAAAUUUGAAAGAAAAUUUAGGCAUAUAAAAAAAUACUUGAAAAUUUUAGAGGAUAUUCAUAAACAUAGCAAAAUAGUAGUAGAAAAACUAAAAAAUCCCGAAUCCGGAGUGCUUUGAGCAAAUUCUGUCACAUCUAAAGACUGAAAGCACUAAAAAACUAGAGCAUUUAUCUGGGCUAACAUUAUAAAUUAAAUAAAAAAGGUAAAUAACACACGCAAUUAAGCAAUUUAAGUCGCUAAUGGAUUCUUAAUAACAUGAUAUAACACCAAAUAAAAAGAGAGCAACCUCUGCCACAAAUGACAAAAUCACUAGUCUUCCCAAAGUUUUAGAACAGAACUAC